AUGGCCGCUUACCAUCGCGGCGAUGACGGGGAGGAAGAGGGUGACGACGAUAUGGACGAGUCACCGGGAGUUGAGAGCGAGAUAUGCUGGGAUAUCUCCGAUGACGGGUCUGAGUGGGAAGACAUUGGGCAUCUGUUAUUAACUCCCGAUAUUGAUCGGUUCAACGCCGAUGGGGAGAAUGCCGAAGGCGACAAGAGUAUUGAGGUCGGACUCGAAAGACAAGAAAAAGGGAAAGGAGGUCGUGCUCCCUCCACAGAUGCCCAAGAAAGGCACAGAAACGGCGACGACUGGGAGGUGAUCUCACUGGUUCAGGAGAUAUCAAAAGCGGCAACACACAGUAUCGAUGACCAUCGGCAAGCCACCUACUGUAGCUCUCGCAUUGCUAGUGGAAGACGAGUCGUGGUCGCGUCAAAAACAGCGGAUUCGGAAAAAAGAAUCAGGAAUGGUGAGCCGGGUAAAUAG